ACAGUUCAGUUUGGACCAAGGGAAACUCGCCUUGUUUCUUUGCGGAUAUGCGCCGGAAAAGAGGGCGCACCUCCAGCGGUGGAACAUAGGCGCUGACAAAGGCUGAAGUUUAACAUUUGCGAAGGCGCAGAUCUACUGAAAGAGCCUCUCGCAUAAAAAAAUAAAAAAAUCAAUUUCAUGGAAAGCUUCAGAUGACAAGAGCUCCUCCACUCAGGCGGCGGGUUGCGCUCGGCAUCUACAAGAAUCUCUGAUGGAGAACACGCCGAGGCGGAGGAUAGGAGCUCAUCUCCUGACUGCGCUGUUGUUGGCCUUUGGGACCACGCUUCUCAGGGACGCGGGCGGUCAAGAGACUUUUAAUGACUUGACAGGCUUCACUUUGAAUCCGCCGUACUUCAACCUCGCAGAGGGUUCCGGCAUAUCUGCGACGGCAACCUGCGGCCAGGAUGAGGCUGGCGCACCGAGAACUGAUCUGUACUGUAAACUUGUCGGAGGACCUACUCUGGGUCUCCCUACUCAGAAUAUACAGGGUCAGUAUUGUGACUACUGCAACUCUUUGGAUCCCAACAAAGCCCACCCAGUGACCAAUGCAAUUGAUGGGACAGAGCGGUGGUGGCAGAGCCCACCUCUCUCCAGGGGAAUUGUCUACAAUGAAGUCAACGUUACCCUGGACCUCGGGCAGCUAUUCCAUGUGGCGUAUGUCCUAAUCAAGUUUGCUAAUUCACCUCGUCCUAAUCUGUGGGUGCUGGAGCGCUCUGUGGACAAUGGGAGAACAUUCAUCCCCUGGCAGUAUUUUGCUCAUUCAAAACGGGAGUGUAUUGAAACCUUCGGAAAGCAGCCCAAUGGUCGUAUUUUGAAUGAUGAUGACCAGAUCUGCACCACAGAGUAUUCCCGGAUCAUUCCUUUGGAGAAUGGCGAGAUUGUUAUUUCUCUAAUUAAUGGCCGGCCGGGCUCCAAAAACUUCACCUACUCACCAGUGCUCCGUGACUUUACGAAGGCCACAAGCAUUCGUCUACGCUUCCUUCGCACCAACACUCUUCUGGGCCACUUGAUCUCCAAGGCUCAGAGAGACCCCACUGUGACACGCAGGUAUUUUUAUAGUAUCAAAGACAUCAGCAUCGGUGGACGCUGUGUUUGCCAUGGGCAUGCCCAAAUUUGUGGUGCAGGUCGAAAUCCGGACAACCCAAACAGACUUCAAUGCGAGUGCCAACACAACACCUGCGGCGAGUCAUGUGACCGCUGCUGCCCAGGCUUUAAGCAGAAGCCGUGGCGUGCUGCAACUGUUGACAGCCCCAACGAAUGUCAGCCCUGCCAGUGCUUCUCCCAUGCCUCUGACUGUUAUUACGACCCAGAGGUUGAAAAGAGGGAAGCAAGUUUGGACACCUUCGGCAGGUACAGUGGAGGAGGAGUGUGCAUCGGCUGCCAGCACAACACUGCAGGAAUAAACUGUGACAGAUGCAUUGAAGGUUUCUACAGACCUGACGGAGUGCCUCCUGAGUCUCCCACUGGAUGUAUACCUUGUAGUUGUGAUGAAAGGAUUACAGCUGGCUGUGAGAUGGGGUCUGGAAGGUGUAUCUGCAAGCCACAAUUUGCAGGAGAAAACUGCGAUCGCUGCUCUGAUGGACGUUAUUACUAUCCUGAGUGCAUUCCUUACCCUGUAUACUUGACGACCACCAAAUCGCCUGCAGGCCCAAUAGUGGGACCCACUGCCUGCCCCCCAGGCUAUUUCAACUCUCCUAGAUGUCAGCCGUGCAUUUGUGACUACAGAGGGACAAUGCACGUCGUAUGUGAUGUUUAUGGGCGCUGCCUUUGCCGUCGGGGAGUGGAGGGGGAGCGAUGCGACCGUUGUGAACCUGGAUACCACUCCUUCCCACGCUGUCAGGCAUGCCGUUGUGAUGGGGCUGGGGUGGCUGAAAACGUGUGCAGUCCGAAUGGUCAGUGUAACUGCCUCCCUAACUACCAGGGCAGUGAGUGUGACCAGUGUGCACCAGGUUUCUAUGGAUAUCCAGACUGUGCUGCCUGUCGGUGUUCGCCAGAAGGUUCCUAUGGAACUGGAUGUAAUCCAUUAUCAGGUCAAUGCCUCUGUUUGCCAGGCAUGGUGGGCCAGCAGUGUGACCGCUGUGCAUCUGGACUCAGUUUUCCUCAGUGCUCAGACUCCAUCAGUGUUUGUAACCCAGAUGGAACAGAAGUGUCCAAUCAUCAAACAGGUAUCUGCCACUGCCGAACAAAUGUAGAAGGAACGCUGUGCGACAGGUGUAAACCUCUGUACUGGAAUAUAGCUGCAGACAACCCUCGUGGAUGCACAGAAUGUCAGUGUGAUCUGAAAGGGACGCUGAGUGGUGUUGGAGAAUGUGAGCAGAGAAGUGGACAGUGUCACUGUAAGCCAGAUGUGUGCGGCCAUGCAUGCGACUCCUGCAAAGAGGGAUACUUCCUUCUACAAAAGAAGACCUAUUUUGGCUGUCAAGCUUGUCAGUGUGAUUUAGGAGGUGCUGUCGGCAUGGCAUGUGACGAGACGUCUGGACAGUGUCAGUGUCGGAAGAAUGUAACUGGCCGUACGUGCGCAGAGCCUGUACCUGGUUACUACUUCCCAUCUCUGCACCAGCUAAAGUUUGAGGUGGAGGAUGGCACAACACCAAAUGCUCGACCAGUCCGCUUUGGUUUUAACUCCCAAGAGUUCCCAGAAUUCAGCUGGAGAGGUUAUGCUAUAAUGUCACCUGCACAGAGUGAAGCCAGGGUAACAGUGCAUGUUGAUCUGAAAGAGGGGCAGCAGAAUUUUUUCCACGUGGUUCUACGGUUCAUUAACCCCAACAGCGUCUUUGUGACUGGUAGCAUCAAAGCUACAAAUAGCAGAGGCACUGCAGGGGAAAGUCAGAGUAAGGAAGUGAUAUUUCCUACGAGUUCAUCCCCAUCCUUUGUCACCAUCCCAGGAGAGGGCUUUACUGAGCCUUUUGCAUUAAAUCCUGGAAAAUGGAUCAUUCAUAUAAGGGCUGAGGGGGUUCUCCUGGAUUAUUUAGUGCUGGUGCCUCGAGAUUACUAUGAGGCCCCUCUGCUGAAGGAAGAGGUCACCCAGCCAUGCACGUACUUACACACUGCAAGCAAGGAUGCAAACUGUCUGUUGUACAAGCACAUCGCCAUGGAUGGUUUCAGCUUUGUGCUCGCAACACAGGGCAGGCUGUCCACCCGGAGUGGGCGGAGGAAGAGGAGGCAGGCUCGUGUGCGGCGUCCCACUCCAGAUCACCCGGACAUGGCAGCUCUCAACGGGAGACAGUCUCGCCUGGAGCUCAGUCUUCGUGUACCUCAUUCAGGCCUGUAUACCCUCAUUCUGGAGUACGCCAGUGAGAUGGACACUGUCCAGAAUGUCAACAUACUCCUCAGCGAUCAGCCAGGGAGACAGAUUUUGGCUCGAGCCAAUAUUUAUAGUUGUCUUUUCAGCACUUUGUGCCGGAGUGUGGCGGUGGACAGCAGAAAUCAAGUGGCCAUGCUGGAGUUGUCUCACAGGACGGAGAUUCUUCUGCAAACUUCCACAACGUCAUUCCUUCUGUACAAGUUGUAUGCAGUGCCUGCAGAAGAGUUCUCUCUGGAGUAUGUGGAGCCCAAAGUCUUGUGUGUCUCCACUCAUGGUCGCUUCACUCAGGACAGUCGGCACUGUGUUCUACGGCAGUUUGACAAGCCAUCCUCAGCAUGGGUUCUGUACGCUGCCCGUGAUGGACAGCUGUCAUCCAUACUUGCGGCUGCUCUCCAACAGGACAAGAAUCUGGAUUGGAGGCAGAGAAGACAGUCCAGCCUGUUCUCUGUCCAUGAGCCUCAGAGUGAUGGGGUAGUCCUUAAAUUCCCUCAGACUGAGAUCAGUUUUUCUCCAGUGGUGCCUCUCCCAGGUCGGUAUGUUGUUGUGGUGCAUUAUCAUCAGCCUGAACACAUCUCCUUCCCAGUGGAAGUGCAAGUAAAUGCAGGGCACAUUUGGAAGGGUGAGAUAAAUGCCACCUUUUGCCCGGCAGUGUCAGGUUGCAGGGAGGUUGUUGUUGCCGACGACCGCAUUUCUCUCGACUUUUACAGGAAUUCUGUGCAGCUACCCACCAUCUCUGUCAUUGUGCCACGUGGAAAGACCCUCAUUUUGGAUUACAUUUUGCUGGUUCCUGACAGCAGUUACACUCCAGAGCUCUUGCAAGCAAGGCCACUUGAUAAGGCUGCAGAUUUCAUAAGACAAUGCACAAAAAAAGGCUUCUAUAUAGAACCCAGAACCUCAUCCCAGUUUUGCAGAGCCUCAGCCCGCGCUCUCGUAGCAGCUUACAACGACGGAGCAGCGCCUUGUGACUGUGAUAAGUCCGGCUCUACAGGGACUGUGUGUGAUCCGGUUGGAGGACAGUGUCCUUGUAGGCAGCACAUUAUUGGACGGCAGUGCAACAGAUGUGCCACAGGAUACUAUGGAUUUCCCUACUGCAAACCAUGUGAAUGCGGACGGCGACUGUGUGAUGAAGUGACUGGACGCUGCAUCUGUCCUCCUCAGACAGUAAAGCCAACCUGUGAUGUGUGCCAGCAUCAGACUUUCAGCUACCACCCUUUGCUGGGCUGUGAGAACUGUGGUUGCUCUCCAAGCGGGGUGAAUGUAAAUGCAGGACUUCAGUGUGACGCUUUUACUGGACAGUGCAGCUGCAAACCUCGUAUCGGAGGCAGGCAGUGUGAUCGCUGCGCUCCGGGCUAUUAUCGCUUUCCCGACUGUCUGCCCUGUGACUGCAACCAGGGAGGAGUUACAGCUGAUGUGUGCCACCCCGACACAGGCAGGUGUCUCUGCAAGAGAAACGUCGUAGGUGUCAGGUGUGAUACUUGUCAGGAAGGUUCCUUCUACUUUGACCCCUUCAACCUCCUUGGCUGCUCCAGCUGCUUCUGCUUCGGAGCCACUGAUCGGUGUCAGAGCUCCGACAAACGGCGCGGAAAGUUUGUUGAGAUGCGAGGCUGGCGUUUGGAAACCCCCGACAGAGAAGAGGUUUCUUCAGUGCUGAACACAGCCAGUAACACAGCAGUGGCAGACAUUCAGGAGCUUCCUCCUAUGGUUCAAACUCUACACUGGGUGGCGCCACAGUCCUACCUGGGAGACAGGGUUUCAUCCUAUGGUGGUUUUCUCACCUACCAGUCCAAAUCAUUUGGGAUCCCGAGUGAGGGCAUGACUCUUAUUGACAGGCAACCAGACGUUGUCCUGACUGGUCAGGGUAUGAGCCUGAUCCACGUGGCUUCACAGGCUCCCCUUCCUGACAGACUACACCAGGGCAGAGUCCAACUGUUGGAGGGAAACUGGCGCCAUGGUGGCACCAACAGGCCUGUGUCCAGACAGGAGUUCAUGAUGGUCUUAGCAGGUCUGGUGGGCUUGAGGAUCCGAGCGCUGUAUUUUACUCAGAGCCAACGACUCAGCUUGGGGGAGGUGGGCCUAGAGGAGGCAACAGACUCAGGGACUGGAGGUCCAGCAAACACUGUGGAAGUCUGCUCCUGCCCCCCUGAGUACACCGGAGACUCCUGUGAGAAAUGUGCUCCUGGGUUCUACAGAGAGGCCAGCGGGCUGUACUUGGGCAAUUGUGUGCCCUGUGAGUGCAACGGUUUGGCUGAUGAGUGUGAGGAUGGGACAGGGAGGUGUCUGAGCUGCAAGUACAACACAGCUGGAGACCGAUGUGAGCGCUGCAAAGCAGGUUAUUUUGGCAUCGCGGCACAGAGGACAUGCAGCCUGUGCCCCUGCCCAUUUACUGUUUCCUCAAACAGUUUUGCAGUGAGCUGCAGAGACGUGUCUGGAGACAUCCAGUGUGUUUGCAAACCAGGCUACACCGGAGUCAGGUGUGAGAAUUGUGCUCCUGGUUAUUAUGGUGACCCGCUGAUACCAGGAAAAAAUUGCCAGCCAUGUAAAUGCAACGGAAAUGGAAACAGCUGUGAUCCUAGGACUGGAGUGUGCAAGAACUCUCUGGAGCCAGGAGACACAAACACAGAUGAUAGCUGUAAAGAAUGUGAUAGUUGUGCCCAGACUUUACUCCAUGACUUGGAAAAGCUCGACAUUGAGCUGGCAAGGUUGAAGGCUCAACUAGACAAUGCUUCCAUCAGUGGAGCCUUAAAGGAAAGGCUGGACAAGCUUGAAAAGGCUGUGUCCGACACCAAGACGCUCGUCAACAAAUUCAACUCUGCCAUUAGCGUGCAAAAGUCCAAGGUGGACCAGCUGGAGGAAGACAUUGACAGCCUUCCAGAUGACAUUAAAUCCAUGAAGGACAAGGCUGAUAAGAGUGCCGGGGAAGCUGACAAAGCAGUGGACAAUGUUGAAAAAAGCUACAAAAGGGCAAAAGACCUGGAAACAGAGAUUCAGAAAAUGCUGAACAAAAUUAAAGAUUUGCUAAAUCAGCUGAAAAAUGAUGGUAGAGGUGAUUCACGGCCUGCCGAUAGUUUGACCAAAAUGCUGGAGAUGGCACAGGGAAUGGUGACAGAGAUGAAGAACAGAAACUUCACAUCUCAGCAGACUGCCGCUGAGAAAGAGAGAGAUGAGGCGAUUAAAUUGCUCGACUACAUCAAGAAUAACGUUAGUAAGCAGUGCGACCAGAACGAGGCAGCAGCGGAGGAGAUCCGGAACCAACUGAAGGAUUACAAUGCCAAGCUGAAGGAACUGGAGAAAGCUUUGGAAGAAGCAAGAAACCUGGUGAACAAAGCCAAUACCCAAAAUGGUCUGAAUGCUCAGACACUGAAAAACCUGGAGAAACGUAUUGAGGGCCUAAAAGAGGACCAGAAAACUGUGAGGAACCAGAUAGCUAUGGCUGAGGAUGAACUGAAGAAGACUGAGGAUUUGGUGAAAAUGCUCUCAGACAGUAAGACGGACUAUGAGAUGCUGGCUGCAAAUCUGGACGGUGCCAAGACUGAUUUGACCAAGAAGGUGAAUGACAUCACUAAGGCUGCAGCAAAGAAGGACACUGUGGAGGCUGCAAAGGAGCAUGCGAAAUACCUAAUCAAUCUAGCAAAAGAACUUGAGGAUGCAGUGAAGAAUGUUAGUGGACGUCCUGAGGUGCGUGACGCAAAAGAUGCUAUUGAGGCCUAUAAGAACAUUACAGAUGCCAUCAGUGCUGCAGAAGCAGCAGCUAAUGAGGCAAAAGAGGCUGCAGACAGUGCCCUAAAUAACGUAAACAAAGAGAAACUCACAGAUAAAGCCAAAGACCUAAAGAAGAAGAGCAAUGACCUAUUGAAGAGGACCAAGGAUUCAGAUAAAGACCUUCAGGAAACUGCCGGUGACCUUAGUGACCUGAAGGAUCGUCUGGCCAAAGCAAACAAAAAGAAAACUGAUCUUGAGAAAAACCUCCUUGAUUUUCAGAGAAAAUUAAACGACACUAAAAGAGAUGACAUUGGGAAUACGAUUCAGGAGGCCAAGAUGAAAGCAGCUUCGGCCAAUAACUCAGCAGCCAACACUAUGGAUAAACUCAAUAAACUUAGGAAUGACAUUGAUAAGAUCAGUGUGACUCCUGUUAAUGGCAGUCUAAGCAACGUCCUCCAAGAUGUGGACCAGUCUGUAAAGGAUUUGCUGAAAACAAUCCCAUCUCUGGAUGAUAAGAUCUCAGAGGUUGAAAACCUGACCUCGCAGUUCUCAAGCGUCAAUAACAUAUCUGAAAACAUAAAGAAGAUCAAAGACCUAAUUGAACAAGCCAGAGAUGCAGCUAACAAGAUUGUGAUCCCUAUGAAUUUUGCCGGGGAGGGUCAUAUAGAGCUGCGCCCACCAAAGAAUCUAGAUGACCUGAAAGCCUACACAACCCUGUCUCUGUCGCUACAGAGACCCAAGACCAGAGGAGACGGAAGACGCAGGCGCAGACAAGCUGCAGACAACAUGUUUGUGUUGUACCUUGGCCACAAAGAUUCCUCUAAGAAUUACAUAGGUAUGGUGUUGAGGGACAACCGCUUGUAUGGUCUGUACAAGCUGAAUGGACAGGAGUAUGAGAUGAAGUCUGGUUUCAUUUCCACUUCUGAUCCUGAGCCGGCCAUAUUUGAUAAAGUGGACCUGCGCAGAAUUUACCAAGAUGCAGAGUUGAAGCUGACCAAAGACAUAACUUCUGGAACACCUGCUGAGUCUAUUCUGACCAGCAAUCAAGGAAAGGAGAAGAAGGACCUCCUGGACCUCAGUCCUGAUGACGUUGUUUUCUAUGUUGGAGGCUACCCCUCUAACUUCACCCCACCUGCCUCAAUGGCAUUACCAAAAUACACAGGCUGCAUCGAGUUCUCCUCCUUUAACAGCAAGGCUGUGAGUCUCUACAAUUUCCAAAAGGCAGAAAAGAUCAAUGUCAACACUCCCUGCAAGAGAUAUGUAAGUUCAGUAGACUCAGACUAUUAUGAAGGCACCGGAUAUGGCAGGGUGUUGCUAAGCCAGACACUGAGCAAUGUUCAAAUGCUUGUCUCAGCUCGCUCAGAAAAUGCUCUGCUCUUCUACACAGGAGAUGAGAACAAUUACCUAAUGGUGACAAUAGAGAAGGGUUUCAUAGUUAUACAAGGUAACCUCAUCUCAGUCCCGGAGAAGGGGAAAAGAAAAGUGUUCCCAACGGACAGUUGGCUCAGAUUUAGCAUAUUUUUAAGAAACAAUGAAAUAGUUGUACCUAUGAGCUCCGAAACACUUCGUGUCGACAUUACCGGAUACAAUUUGAACAGCUAUACAGAUUUCUAUAUUGGCGGUGUAACACAAGAGCUGAGGGAACGAUGGGGCAUCACAACACCGCCAUUCAAGGGAUGUUUGAAAGAUUUUAAGCUAAACAACAUAUUUAAAAUACCUGAUGAACCAGUGGGAAUCAGCAAACGCUGCUCAGAGGAUUUACUGGGUUCGUUCCAAGCGCAGUUCAGCUUAGGGAGCUCCCUCAAAGCAGACCUUAAUGACUUCAGUCUGGACAACGAUGUAACUGUGUCCCUCGGAUUCAAGAGCACAGAGGGUCAGGGGAUUAUCUUGCAGGGCAAAAAACUGGCAAACCAGGUGAAAAUUGCAAUGGAAAAUGGCCAUUUGAUUCUGCACUUCAACAACAAGAUGUGGAAAUCAGACAAGCAGUACAACGAUGGGAAUUGGCACUAUGUGACCGUCACCAAAAGAGAAGGAAGAAUUGCGCUGCAGGUCGAUGAUGAAGACUAUGGUCAGGAACAGAGUGGCACCACAGCCAUACCUAACACAGAUGGCUCUGUGUUGCUUGGAAAUGACAAUUUCAAAGGCUGCAUUUCCAACUUUUACAAUAGACGGCCAGACAACCUGUACAACCCUGAGGACCUAACCUACUUCCAGGCCUCUGGAGACGUCCUGAUGGAUGUGUGCACUGCCAGCAAUCCCGUUCAACUGAUAAAGGACCACUAUACUAAAAAGGAUAGUGUGAAGCAAAUGACAAAUGAAAGUGGCUCAACUUGUGAAUUCCCAGCCGAGCUUCAACAUGCUUAUCGCAUGGGAGGGCCUGUAAGCAGCCUGAGCUAUAGCCUACCAUUACAGGUCUUGCAGCCCAGGCCCCACUUCUCUCUGGAUGUCAGGACACGGUCUCCUGAAGGUCUGCUGUUCUUUGCAGCGACCAGAGGAGGGCAAUCUCAUCUGGCGUUGUACAUGUCUAAGGGAAGGGUCAGACUGUCUGUGGGCAAACAGAAGGAGAUCUUCAACAGAGAGAAGUACAAUGAUGGAAAGUGGCACUCGGUCGUAUUCAGUUUGGAAAAGAAGAAAUUCCGGUUGGUUGUAGAUGGGAUCAGAGCUCAGGACGGUCAGCUGACAAGCACUGAGUUGAAGUCUAUGCAGCACUUCCUUCUACCUGUGUACCUGGGCAGUCCACCAGAAUCCCUUCAGAAAGAGUUAAAGUCAAAGGCUCUUCCAAAGCAAAGUGUUUCUGGCUGCGUGCGUAAUUUUAAGAUGAAUGGAGCACCGAUGUCAAACCCAUCUGCUAACAAUGGUGCAGGCCCCUGCUUUGAGGGACACACACAAAGAGGGGUGUAUUUUGCAGGAAAUGGAGCACAUGUCAUUAUCAAUGACUCCUUUAUUUUUGGUUCCGACCUGGAGCUGCUUUUUAACAUACGUCCCCGCAGUCUGACCGGACUCCUGCUUCAUGUCAGUGAUUCCACCAGAACCAGUUAUGGAAACACAAUGGGCCACUUUCUUAGCAUCUAUAUGCUCAGAGGAGAGGUGGUGGCACAGGUGAACAAUGGAAGAGGAGAGUACAUGACAUCAGUGAAGCCAAAAACGUCUUUAUGCGAUGGAAUGUUUCAUAAAAUUUCAGUAAUCAAGAGAAAAAAUGUUGUACAACUAUCGGUGGACACAAUAGACAACUACAAGAUAGGGCCACCAUCUUCCACCUUCCAUACGACCAAAGACGCUCUUUAUGUUGGUGGCAUUCCUGAGUCAUUGAUGCAACAGAUGCUUCCUGUCAAAUCCUCCUUUGUGGGAUGUAUCCAGGACAUGAAGAUCAACGACGUAUCGGUCUCCUUUCACAGAUCGUCAGGAGUUUUUGGCCCUGUCAACCUCAAGGAGUGUCCGGGCUGAGCAGUUACACCUCAGCGCGUUAUGACUGAGCAAAUCUUGGGACCAUGUCCUUCACCAACUAUGUGCAAUCUGCUAAAAGAAUGUGCCUGUGUGUCAGAAUGUGUGGGAUGUGUCUGAACAAAUGUGCGUAUGGAGGGGUGUAAGCAGCAGCUUACAGGUUUAUAAUUUUAGCCCUGCUCUAUAACAUUUCGGUAUUUAUUUUGUGAUAAAAUCAGAUAUCAUGGCACCAAUUCAUGGACACAUUUUCUAACUGUAACACAACCAGAUGUGUGUCUCCAUUGAUUGUCAACAACCAAAUGCUACUGAAUAGACUUGUGACUGAUUAAUCAGGGGAAUUCUUUAUGAACAACCCAGCACUUUAAGAAAACAAGUGUUGCCUUCUAAGAUGGCGCAGCAUAUGCGAUGAAGAUUACUUGCUUUGUUGUUCGAUUGCAGUUUUUUUUCUGUUGGACUCCAAAUUUUACUCUAGAAUGAUUGUGUUUACACCUACGGUGCUUAAGUCAUUGCUGUUUCAGGGGCCUUCAAGCUAUGAUCUAUUUAUUUCCACCUCCCUGCAUGUAGAGUUCUGCUUUGUAACUGGUUUAAAACACAUGUGAUCCUCACGUUUGGUCUGAUUUACCUUCCCAUUUUGCAUUCCUUUUGCAUGAAAAUAAUGAUGUUUUCUGUGCCUUCUGUUCAAACCGUAAAAAAGCAUUCAUUUUAAUUUCUAUUUAUUCUUUUUUUCUGUUAAGUAGCCUGAACGUAUGCAGUUAGCAUAGGUUUCACAGUUGUGGUUAAUCAUGAAUUGGGACCAUUAAUAAAGAGCUGAGAGCAAUUCAGCUGAGAACUAAAUGUAUUAUAAUUGCUUAAAUUUCCCAGCAGGUGUUUACUUCUCUGUUUUCUUACAUUCAUACCACAAUUAUUAAGAAACGUGUUAUAAAAUGCAGUAUAAUUGGACAUAUUUGGACAUGCAUUCCUGCCUUAUGACCGAUUUUUAAACCCGUUCCAUCAUUGUUUUUAUAAUUGAUGUGGCAAUAAAAGAUGAUUUGAUUUGUGCUUAA